AUGCAAAAAUUCAAUAUCAAGGUGAAUCCAGAAAAAUGUGUUUUCGGAGUAUCAUCAGGAAAAAUUUUGGGUUAUAUAGUCUCUAAGAAGGGAAUAGAAGUUGAUCCAGACAAGGUACAAGCGAUUCGAGAUAUGCCACUUCCAGCAACAGUGAAGGAUGUUCAAAAGUUAAAUGGAUUAAUAGCUUCAAUGGGAAGAUUUAUUUCACGUUCUUCGGAAAAAUGUAAACACUUCUUCAACAUAUUAAAGAAGGGAGCAAAAUUUGAGUGGACAGAGGAAUGUGACAAGGCAUUGCAAAGCAUCAAAAAUUACUUAAUGAAUGUAUCUAUUAUGCAAAAGGCAAAGCCUGGUGAAGAAUUGAUGUUAUAUUUGGCAUCAACACCAUAUGCAUUAAGCGCAAUCUUGUUAUGUUCGGAUCAAGAAGUAGAAAAACCAAUAUAUUAUAUAAGCGAAAUGUACAAUUCUGCAGAGAAAAAUUAUUCAAAGAUUGAAAAACUAAUUCUCGCACUCGUGUAUGCGUCCUUUAAACUUCACAUUUAUUUUCAGGCUCAUAAGAUUAAGGUAUUAACAAAGUCACAAAUCAUCGCAGAGUUCCUGGCCGAAUUUCCUUUGGAGGAAGAUGAAUAUGUAGAACAUAUGAUGGACGUGGAUGAGGAACAUGGAAAUCUUAAAGAUUUGUUAACAGAUCGAAAUUCAAACAGAUGGGAGAUACUGGAUGGAUCGUCUAAUGGAGAAGGAAAUGGUAUUGGUGUUGUCUUUAUUUCACCAGAAGGAGCGCGAAUGGUUUACUCAUUCAGGUUGGAGUUCGCAUCUACAAACAAUGAAAUCGAAUAUGAGGCAGUUGUACAUGCAUUAAAGUUAGCAAUUGAAAUGGAGAUAAAGGAAGAGCGAAUAACUAGCAACUCCCAAUUAGUAAUUCGACAGAUAGAAGGUAAAUAUUGUAGAAAUGAACCAUCUUUACAUAAAUACAAGAAAUUGGUCAUGGAAUUAGCAGAGCGAAUUCCAAAUAUAAGUUGGAGACAUAUAGGCAGAAAAGAUAACAGGAUCACAGAUGCAUUGGCUUUUAUAUCCUCCAUGUUAAUAGAUCCAAUUGCAAGAUAUGUAAAGAUACAAACACUUUAUUUACCAUCUAUAAAGAAGGAAGACGAAACAGAACCAGAAGUGAUGAUAGUAGAAGACAAAGAAGAAGAACAAAUGAAUGAAGCGAAUAUUAGAGAAUUGAGCUUCAUUUGUAUCUUGAUAAGGGAGAGUUACCUAAAAAAAGAUUAG